CCUACUUCUCUCUCCUCCUCCUGCGCUUCGCUGCUCUGGUCCCGCCGCUGCCAGCCCUCGUCGACGUCGCCGUCGCCGUCGUCGCGACGUCGUUGCACCACCACCGUUCGCCGUCGUCAUCGUGGUCGUCAUCGCACACCGUGGGGCCUGCUCGAUUGGUGUAUACCCGACGUCGCUCGUCGAUGUGACAUCGCGAGAGGAGCGCGAGACAAGAAACGCCAGAGAGAACUCUCUCGCUCUACCCUCCUGUCUUUUCCUCCCUCUCUUUCUUUUCUUUCUUUUCUCCUCCCUCCCUCUGUCUGUCUCUCUCUCUUUCUCUCUCUCCUCUCUCUCUCUCUCUCUCUUCUCUUUCUGUCUCUCUCUGUGUCGCCGUCCGCGAGCGGCUCGCAGCCUCCGCAGCAAGUUUGCCGCUGCGAACAGCCGGCCUAAAAGAAGAAGAAGAAGAAGAAAAGGAAGAAGAAGAAGAAGAAGAGGAGGAGGAGGACAGUUCGUGCACACGGGGGUGGCUUUUCCUCGCGCGGCAGUGGUGCUCGGGACUGUGACUCGGUCUCGCGAGUAUAAACGGGAGAGUUACGACACUCGCGGAGGAGAUCGCUCUCGCUUUCCUUCUCUCUCUCUCUCUCUUUCUCUCUUUUUCACUGUCCCUCUCUAACUCUCUCUCUCUCUCUCUCUCGUCAACGCUGACGACGACGUUUCGCCAACAGACGACGACGAACGGACGCUACCCCGCUCCACCGCGGGAAGCCAGACGAACGAUGCUCCACGAACGAAGAAUGUAGACGGGGCAGGGGGAGGGCAAGCGGAUCUGCCUGUCGCGGAUUCGGAGGAGGACAUCGCCGCCGUCUGAAGUCUAAGCGCCUCGAGCACCUUCCUCGCGUCUUCCUCGCUCCGAACAGGCAAGAUGUCGAGAAACCCAAGUUCCUGGCGGACCGGCUCCGGUAGACUGUUGGUGCUGAGCCUGUUCCUGCUCCUCGUCCUGCAGCCGGAUCGCUGCCGCGGCUCGCCGGCCCACCGGAGCCGGCAUCACGAGCACGAGCUGCACGCCGCGCAGGAGACGUCGUCGCACGAGGACGCCAGGAGCUCCAGGUCGAGCGAGGAGCUCCCGCGACCGGCCGCCCUCGUCGACCACGAUCCGCUGGUGGUGCACACCAGGAAGGGCAUGGUCCGCGGCAAGACCCUCACCGCGAAGAGCGACAAGACCGUCGACGCCUGGUUCGGCAUACCCUAUGCCCAGAAGCCGAUCGGCCCGCUGAGGUUUCGCCACCCGCGGCCGGUCGAGCGGUGGUCGGGCGUGCUGAACGCGACCACCCUGCCAAACAGCUGCGUGCAGAUCUUGGACACGGUGUUCGGCGACUUCGCCGGCGCCACCAUGUGGAACCCGAACACGCCGCUGAGCGAGGACUGCCUGUACGUGAACGUAGUCGCGCCGCGGCCCAGGCCUAGGAACGCCGCUGUCAUGGUAUGGAUAUUCGGUGGUGGCUUUUACUCCGGUUCGGCCACCCUCGACGUGUACGACCACAAGACCCUGGUCUCGGAGGAGAACGUGAUCGUGGUGUCGAUGCAGUAUCGCGUUGCCAGCCUCGGCUUCCUCUACUUCGGCACGUCCGACGUGCCCGGUAACUCCGGUCUCUUCGACCAGAUGAUGGCCCUGCAAUGGGUGCGCGACAACAUUGCCGCGUUCGGCGGCAAUCCCGAGAACGUGACGCUCUUCGGCGAGAGCGCGGGUGCGGUCUCCGUGUCGUUGCACCUCCUGUCCCCGCUGUCCAGGCACCUGUUCAACCAAGCCAUCAUGCAGUCGGGCUCGGCGACCGCGCCGUGGGCGAUAAUCUCGCGCGAGGAAUCGAUCGUGCGCGGGAUCCGGCUCGCCGAGGCGGUCGGCUGCCCGCACGAUCAUCGCAAUCUGCGCGAGGUGAUCGACUGCCUGCUGACGAAGGACGCGGAGGAGCUCGUCAAGAACGAAUGGGGCACACUCGGGAUCUGCGAGUUCCCGUUCGUGCCGGUGAUCGACGGGGCGUUCCUCGACGAGAUGCCCCAACGCUCCCUCGCCACGUCCUCCUUCAAGAAGACCAACAUCCUGAUGGGCUCCAACACCGAGGAGGGCUUCUACUUCAUCAUCUACUAUCUGACGGAGCUGUUCCGCAUCGACGGCGCCGACGACGUGAAGGUGACGCGCGAUCAGUUUAUCAGCGCCGUGUCCGAGCUGAAUCCCUACGUGAACCAGAUCGGCCGCCACGCCAUCAUCUACGAGUACAGCGACUGGCUGCACCCGGACGACCCCCACGCGAAUCGCGACGCCCUCGACAAGAUCGUCGGCGACUAUCAGUUCACCUGCAACGUCAACGAAUUCGCCGGCCGUUACGCCGAUACCGGCCACACCGUCUACAUGUACUACUAUAAGCACAGAUCGAGGAACAAUCCGUGGCCACGAUGGACCGGGGUCAUGCACGCCGACGAGAUCAGCUACGUUUUCGGGGAACCGCUGGAUCCAGCCAGGGGUUACACGCACGAGGAGGUGCAGCUCUCGAAGAGGAUGAUGAGAUACUGGGCGAACUUUGCGAAAACGGGGGAUCCGAACAUCGACGAGAGCGGCGAGCUGUCGCUGGCUUACUGGCCGCCGCACACCGCCGUCAAUAAAGAGUACCUGACCUUGGACAUCAACAGCACGGAGAUCGGCAGCGGUCCCAGAGUGAGGCAGUGCACCUUCUGGAAGAAGUACCUGCCGCAGCUGCUCACCGCCACGUCGAAACUGGAGGUCGGGUCCAAGGAGACGUGCGGCAGCACGAGCAUCGCCGACUCCGGCGCGACCCGGAUACUCCUGAUCCUGAGCCUGUUAUUGACCGGCCUCACCACUCUGCCUCACAUCCAGCACGACGUCAGAGGUAUCGUUUAGCUCCCGGCCGCCGCCGCCGCUGGAUCGGUGGUCGGCCGUCGAGCCGCCGUCCUAGCCCCGUCGAGCAGCAGAAGCGUCAGCGUCAGCGUCGGCAGCAGCAGCAGCAGCAGCAGCACCAGCAGCAGCACCAGCAGCAGCAGCAUCAGCAUCAGCAUCAGCAUCAGCAGCAUCGGCAUCAGCAGCAGCGGCGGUCCGUUUCUUCCCUGAAGAACAGAACGAACGAACAAACGAACGAACGAACGAACGAACGAACAAACGAACGAACGAACAAUCAAUGGGAAGACGACGGUAUCGCGCGAGAAACAGACAUAUCAAUAGUAGAAGAGUGCUCGAUCGCCGGGGGAUCGACGAUGAAUAAGAGAGAAAAAAAAAA